ACAAUAUCAGUUAAACACAGAAAUAAUUUUAUGUGGGUAGGGCAGGAAAAGAGGUGAUGCAUGAAAGCAUUGUAAUUGAGGAAGAGCAAGCAGCAAUGCCUGGACCAUCCGGAACUUGUGCAACUGCUACAGAUGGCUGGUUAACUAUCAGUGACCCCACCAAGGCCAUAUCUCAGUGUGCUGACAGUUUUCUCCGUAUUCAUGAAACGGAGAGCCCCUUACUUCUCAGCAUGGACAUCAGAAAAAGCCCUGCUGAACAGGACAUGGCCCUAAUCUCCUUCUACAAGUGAACUAAUGUGGAAUGGGGACGGCCUCUGAAUUGCAAACUUGAAGGAGAUACUGCUAUUGGACAGGGUGUAACUCGCUUCUUUUUCUCAACAUGCAUGGAAAAACUGAAAUCAGGGUUUUGCAUCAAUUUUGCAAACUCAAAUGUUACACGGCUUUUUGAAGGAGAGCCUGGCCAUUUAGUCCCCUCAGCCUCUCACUUUCUUGUGGAAAGUGAUAUGUUCAUGGUGGCGGGGAGAAUGGUAGGCCACUCCUUUCUUCAUGGAGGACCAUGCCUGUUGGGACUCAGCCCUGCUGUUGUUCAUGUCCUGCUUGGUGGGAGUCCUGAAACUGCAACUGUUACACUAGAGGACUGUCCAGACCUGGACAUCAGAGAAACAGUCGAGCUUCUUGAAGGGGGAUCCAUACUGUCAGAUAAGGAUAAACAGCGUGUCCAGGACUUGGCCCAUGCCUGGGACCUCCCUUGCCUAACUGAGAAAAACAGGAGAUGGCUUUUUGAGAAGCUAUUGAUCCAUGCUGUAAUAGGACGUGUCACAAGGCAAAUUAAGCAGCUGAGACGAGGUCUUAAAGAAACCCCAAUGUGGACACUGGUGACCCAAAGACCUGACACAGUGGCCUUGCUUUUUCCAAACGAGGGAGCAGGAAAUUUCAGCCCUGAGGUACUUCUUCAGCGACUCACAUGGCCUCGUGAGGAUAGUGACGAUGAUGACGAUUGUUCAGUUGACACCAAAUGCCGCAUAUCAGGCUAUCUUCGACAGUUCAUUGCUCAUAGUAGGUGUACAGAGACCCUUGGAAGUGCUAUUUAAAUAUUAUUUGGUUACCUGUUAAAGUAGUAUAAAAGCUGU